AUGUCUCGAUGCCUACUGCAAGUGCUGUGGACACUUAACCUGAUCGUCUACUACGCGUAUUGCCUGAGAAUCACGGAGCUCAGAAUCGAUGAAUAUACUCUCGUGGGACAUAGCACCAGACUUCAGUGCAAAUAUGACCUACAGGGUGAAAAACUGUACACGGUCAAAUGGUACAAAAACGGCAACGAAUUUUAUAGAUUCCUGCCCGGGGAAUCGCCGGAAUUACAAGUUUUCGACGUUACGGGAGUGCACGUCGACGAGAAGCAAUCCACGGCGGAAAGCGUAGUUCUAAGGCCCCUGGAACUGGCAAGUAGCGGCAAAUAUCGGUGCGAAGUGUCCGCCGAAUCGCCGUCGUUUCAAACGGUCACCAACCAUAGCUCUAUGCUUACUGUCGCCCCGCCCGACGAAGGACCUCGCAUAUCCGGCGGCCAGGAUUGGUACGUGAACUGCACAUCCGGGAGAUCGAAACCCGCCGUACAGCUGGCCUGGUGUAUCAUCCUGUUAUAUUAUGUGCCAAAUAGAAGCAACUAA